CUUGUCUGUCUGGGGAAUCCACUGUUUACGUCAGCCCCCCGUCGCCAGCUCGAAGCUCAUUGCACGCACCUCAGCUUUUCGGCUCCUCUGCCUGCAUCAGCACCACGUCGCACGCUGCAGGUGCCUGGUCCGUCCGCCACUGCCACCUUGCACCUUCGUCAGGCUGUUGCCUUGCGCCUCAUCCCACGUCCGCAUAGAGUCGUCAGGCCGCCCUCAACGCGACCUUUCAUCCCAUCACCUUCACUGCUCCCAGUGAACCGCGCUUAUGUUCCGAUCACUCUGGAGCAGCGAGCGGGGAAGCGAAACGACCAUCAGUCACAUUCAACCCAUGCCUUCAUUCGCGCAAAAGCAUCAGUUCAUUCUGCCGCAACCUGCGCAAACGGCAUCACUGGCGGGCCCAUCGUGCCCUCAAAAGAGGCGUCUGUCAAGCGUUGACGACUCACCUUCACCAGAUGCACUCACCGCCACUGAGCAGCCCUUGAAGCGGGCCAAGCUGGAGGGCACCAAUCUCACCGUCUCUGACAUUCCUUCCAGUGUCGUCUCUGACGCACCAGCAUCCGCAUCUUUGCCUGUGCCUGUGCCUGCUGCUGUUCCAGCAGUGACUAACGACAUGGAGGACGCGCGCGACGCUAUCCAGUAUCAAUUUGGUCUUGAGAUCUUGCUCAAACACAACGAGCUGAGGCUAAUCAACCAAGAACUGGCGAAAUGUCAGGUCGCUCUCGAGCAACUCCGUCGCUGCCAUCUCAUUCCGUAUCCCACUGCCUGUCCCACCCCUGCGCAGAUGGUUGAUAUCAGCAACGGAAAGGGCCCAGCUCUGCAAACUCGUCCGGGAGAGCCUGCUCCCCAAUGGGCUGCGCCUUUUGGAGUUGUCGAUGGGCCUUACGCUCGACACUAUGCCAAGUGGCUCAUUCCCGAUCCCAAGUUUGAUGGCAUGCAACCUGAGUGGUACCCUGUGCUCGAGACUGCCCGUAGCAGAAGCUCAGUUGAGGGACGAACGACAAGGAACAGCAUGUCUGAUCUCGCCAGCGCAAACAAGAACCGCUCGACUCGGGGUAUUGGUAGCCAGAAGCUGCAGUCUCUCUCCAGUGGUUACCCUCAACCGAAGGAGAAGGCCGGACCUUGUGUUCUCAAGCGCUCCGAUGGCCAGACUGUGAAGCUCGUCUGCCUGGAUUGCAACCGGGAGAACUUCAGCAGCACUCAGGGCUUCAUCAACCACUGCCGCAUCGCCCAUAGGCGAGACUUCAAGAGCCACGAAGAGGCGGCCGUUCAUUGCGGUCACCCCAUUGAGGUUAAUGAAGGCGGCAGUAUUGUUGGAGAGGAAAAGGCUGCCCCUCCUCCUCCCUCAACCGCCAUCGCGUCUGGUCUCGUCCAUCCCUUUGCUCAGACCGACAUGUCCACCCAACAGGCGUACGUUGCCUUGCGUUCUAGGAUCGCAGAUUCCCUCAAGUUGUAUCGUGAUGGCAAGCUGCCUGGCGUUACAGGCAUCCCUCAAGGUCCUUCAAAGGCAGAGCCUCCGAGGUCCGCUGCACCAAAGGCUGCAAACUUCGUCGCCUCGGCUGACACCCCCUUCCUUUCGCGACUCAUGCAGAGCAGAAACUUCACCGGCAACCUCAGUGACAUUGUCAGUGACGCCAAGGAGAAGAUGUCGCUGGAAGACCUCACCUCGCCGGGAGAGGAAUCUGAAGACACCGAGACUGGUCUCGGCAGCCCGAAGAGCAAUGCUGGAACGGCUCCUCGUAUGCCUGCCAUGCGCAUGCCUGCGAGGGCACCAAUAUCACCCGUCACUCUGACAUCGUCAACGAGACCAACAAGCAGCAAGGGGAGGUCACCUCCCACAGGCUUCGCUUCGCCGCCUAUGAGCAGUCCCGAGAAGGACGAUGGACCCACCAGGGUCUUGAUUCACUCUGGUGAUGAUGUCGACAUGGAGGACGUUGACCUCAGCCCUAGCACAAUGGUCAGCAACAAUGCACCUUCACUUGUCAGUGACGAUGGCGAAUAUGAUGACUCCGACGAUGGGUCGUCUGAAUCAGGUGUGAGCGAUCGCAUGGACGCCGAGUCGGUGUCCGACGUUGCUGAGAUCACACUUGAUGAGGAUCACGAAGGACGGCCCCUUGGUCAUCACCGGGAGUCUAGCGGAGUCGGCUCCGGCACUGCGAUGCGUCUCAAGAAAGAUGAGAACAAGCACGUCACUUUCGUCAGCCCUGUCCAUGACAGCGCGAAGCGAGCCCGAAAAGUUUAGAGCGCUGUCAGUACUUUACAGAGUCUGAUAAAUGCUCUCCUGUUUCUUUGCAACAAGAUCUCUUCUCGAGGCAACACUCAACUUGCCGCCAAACCCCCCUUUUCACUGCUUUCUUCGGCGACCAAGACCUUUUUUGCGCAUACAUACUCCUUUUUAGUCGACGAAAGUUCUUUCCCCUCUUAUUAUUAUCCUCUUUAU